AUGCCAGACCACCUUGGCCACGAUGAGUUCUUCACUCACCUCACAUCCUUGAUCGACAAGACACAGCAAAAAGGCCACGGCUCCGUAUACCUCACACAAAAGCGACUAACAUACGACCCCACCCAACACCCACCCACCCCAAAAUCCCCCGACGAUCUCAGCGACCUCAACCCACCCGACCCCCUCCCCUUGAUCAUCCGAGCAACGGACGGCAAGAGCCAAAGUACAGACCGGAAAAAGAACAAGCACAAGAUCAAGCUCAGCACGCUCGUUCAGCCGGACGAUCUGGAGGCUUUCUUCACGAGGUAUGCGGACGUGUGCAAGGCGGGUAUGCAGAGUCUGAAGAAGCGGGAUCGGAGUAAGAGGAAGAAGGAUAAGAAGGGGAAGAAGAAGGAGGCGGCGGGUGCUGGUGCUGGGGAGAAGAAGUGA